UGAUAAGGAUCCUAACAACUUCCUGUUGACAAAAGUGGAUUUUCGAUUCUCUAAAGCGUAUUUUACCUUAUAAUAACACGUUAGCAUAAAGGUUACAUCAUACACAUUCUAUAGUAACAAAACUGCACUUACUACAAAAUCAUUGUCAUGUUAAAGAACCAUAGUAGUUGAAAGAUACUUGUUUCGGUUAGACACAUUUUUUUUUACCAAAGGAAUUUUAAACAACACAAAUUAAGGAUAAUUUUGUGGAAUUCAUUGAUUGACAAUGGACUUUGCAGAGCUUCCAGUGACUCUAGUCAUCAAAGCACCUAACCAACGAGUUGGUGACCACACAGUAGAAUGCAUGCUUGGUUGGACAGUAAAAAAACUAAAAGCACAUUUGGAAGAAGUUUAUCCAAGCAAACCAAAAGAGACUCACCAGAAACUUAUCUACUCUGGAAAGUUAUUGCAAGACCAUUUGUUGUUGAAAGAUGUAAUCAGACAGGAUAAUACACAGACACACCACACAGUUCAUCUUGUGUGCAAUCAUGAAUCUCAAGAAAGGAUAUCCCCCCAGUCUGUGUCUACAGCAUCACCAACAGUAAACACAAUGCCAAAUACAGAAGGAUUGCGGUACAGAAAUAAUACGCCAAGCGUUCAACAAAACAACUAUUAUGGAGCCGUACCCAGCACAAGUCAACCCCAGCCUCAGCCUCAGAUGAUGUCACAGGCAGGUAUGACACAGGAACAAUACAUGGUGAUGAUGCAGACGUACUACAACCAGAUGGCAGCACAGUACAUGCAAUACUAUCAGACUGGGGCGUUUCCCGAUAUGGCCAACAUUCAGAUAGCAGCACAAGAUAUCACACCACAAAACCCCCAAGAACAAGUUCAGCCAAACAAUGGCCCAAUUCAACAAGAUGACAACCAAAAUGUUAUCCUUGAUGCUCGUGGACGUGUAGUGGAAAACGUAGAUAAUGAUGAUGAGUUCGGACAACACGAUUGGUUGGAUUAUAUUUACACAUUCAGUCGAUUUAUGGUUCUCAUCAGCAUUGUGUAUUUCUACUCGAACUUCACAAGAUUUGCUGUUGUUGCACUGUUUUUCUUCAUUGUAUAUUUGUAUCAAACAGGAUUCUUCAGAGUAAGGCGAAGGCAUCCAGUACAACGUCCACCACAGGAACAAGCACAACAGCAACAAGAGAAUGUACAACCUGAUGUUCAACAGAAUGAUAAUAAUGAACAGCCAGAACCUACAGAAGAAAGUACUCCACAAGAACCUCCCAAACCUAGUGUCAUAUCUAUUGCCUGGUCUUUCUUCUCAACCUUCUUCACAUCAUUGAUCCCAUCGCCACCACCAGCAGUUAAUGCUAACUGAGGGAUAAAACACAAUAUCUUGAAUGUACACAAACAAUUCCUGUAACAAGGACAUCUUAUAGUAGAAUUGUGUAUAAAGAGCUACAUUUUCUGAUUCUAAACAGUUGAACUGUAUUCUGGUCAUGAAAAACUGCAGAAAUAUUCAGAGGAAUUUAUAUAAUGUAUUUUGGUAAUGUUCAGAAUCAAUAAUUUGUAUUAAGAUUUCGGAAGAUAGUGGUAAUACAUAAAGACUGUGUUCUUCAUUUUGAAGAUUUUUUUUUAUAAGCUUUUCAUCAUUGUUGAAGGAUAAUACUUUAGAAUGAACACAAACUCAUAACACUUUUUCAAAUGAGUUUAACGUAAACAUAUGAGCAGUUGAAAUAUAAAGUAUUGUAAAUAUCAAUUGUACAAUGUACUCUUAAAGGAAAUUUUAUCUGUCUGAUACAAAAACUAUGAAAUCCAAGGGACUGGAGCAUGUCUUAUAAUCAAGAGUAUUUCUUUGAAAUCCAUUCUAUGAAACAAUGAUAAUUUUGUCAAUUCAUUUAUAAUCAGCCAAGCUGUAUAAAAGUCAAGUAUUAAUUGCAGUGUUGAUGGGUUGUAUUUUGAUAAAUUUUUUUAUUAUACACAUAUUGUUUUGUCAUUCAUAAAAAAAUCAUAAACAGUUACUUAUGUACGUUGUAAGCAGCUCUACUUUAAAUUAUCAGUUUAUUUAUAUCAUCACAAACUGAUGAAGAUUCAAAACUUUUUUACAAUUCAGGUAUACAUGUAUUUCAAAAUUGUGAAAUUUGGUUUGAGUUUUUAAAUGAUAAAGCUUCUUGUCUGAAAGUGAACCUGCCUUGAUGUUUUUCUUCUUAGGGCUGUUCCAUUAAAUUAUAUAUAGUUCUCAGUGAAAGCACUUUGAUAUGUUGACCAUCUAUAGAGGCAAUUUUAGAAUUUUACUUACAUUUUCACUUUACAAAAAAGUAUUUGACACCCUUACAUGGUGGAGAAUUGGAAGUGACUUUCUCGGUCCCAUGUGAGUUUUUAUGGAAUAGCCCAUAUAUGAAAAGGGCAUUGUUUUAUAAAUUUUUAUAAAAUUUAUUGUGAUAAUCUGCAUAUUUGAUGAUGUUAUCUACCUUGGUUAUUUUCAUAUAUAUUAUUAAAAAAUCAUUUAGUUUAUAAAUGUUUUAUGUUAAUUUUUUUGUCUGUUAAUUACUAAAUUGGAGAUUAAUAUUGUGUUAGAUACUAAUUUUGUUAUUUCCUUUUGAGAUUUUUUUUACUUCAUUUAGUAGGAAAUAGUAUGAUUUUGUUCUAUGGGGAAAAACAUUUUUAUUAAAAAAAAGAAAACAUUUGAUUUCUAAAAUUUUCCAUAAUUAUGAAAUUUUAUCAUAUAUAAAUAUGAUUUGAUGAUAUUAUUUUGUUACUUACAUAUUGCAUUCAAUUGUCAUUAUGAAACUUAGAAGUUCAAUUUAAGUUCAGUCAUCAUUUUAAACAUUUCAUUAGAUUCAACAUCAGCAGAUUAAUAUACAAUAACAGUUAUUCAAAUUAUGAUAAAUGAUAAUGUACUUUAUCUCAUGUGUCAAACAUGUAGGUGUAGAUUGUAUGUAAUUCAAGAUUUCAUGUAAGUGAUUGUAAUUAUUAUUCAACUUCAUUUACAAAUAUUUGUUUUCAAAGGAUUUUUGGUAAUGGCGCUUCUAUACUAGUUGUCAGUCUUUGAAAGUUAGACAAAGUAGUUGCUAACAAAACACAUAAAUUUAGUUACUUAUCAGAAUUUCCACUGAAAAAUAAAAUAAAAAAUAUUCAAGAAUUUUAUAGCCAAAACAGAUUGCAGACACCUGUAAACACCACUUUGUAUAGCAUUCAUACAUCUGCAACUAUUUCCCUUACAAUAAAAGUUGUUCGUAAUUUAUAAUUAAAAAAUGUGGGAGGUGUCUAUAUGAAUAUUCAUCAUUUCCUUAUGCUUUAAUGUUAUGUGUUUUUUUUUGUUAUGUUAUUAAGAUUAUCUGUUGCUUGUUAAUGUGUUUGUUAUGUACAUAUGUAUAAAAAUAUAACUGCCAAAAAAUGGAAAGAAAUGAAAUCCAAUAUAUGUAUGCUCAGUAUGCUAAAAAUUUCAUAAUAAGCUUAAAUUUGGCACAGUGCUAUGCAAAAUACAUAUUUAAAAUUUAAAUAUAGUGCAUAUUUGCAUAUUUUAUAUUCUUUGUACUAUUUCAUUAAGUAAUUAUGUUAUUAGAUCAAUAACUCAUUUAUACAAAAAACCAAUGCAAUUGAAAUUUAUGUUUUCGAAAACUUCAUGGUCAUUUUCAUUUUUCAGAAAAGACAAAUAUAUAUACAUUGUUUGAAGAAAAAAGUUUAAAUUAUGCACAAUUUUAGCAUAAAUCUACAUAAUUAAUGACUUUUGUAAACUACAGUUAUUCUCAUUCAAAACAGAAUUAAGAAUAAAGAUAAAUGUUUUUGUAUGUACAUUUUAGGGAUUUACUAAUUUAUUGAAAAGAAUUAAUCUGAGCAUUUGAAAGUGAUAUGUACAUAAAUGUAUAUAAAAUGUAAAUAAACAUUUAUAGAUUAAUAUAUGUAAAUACAGUUGAAUCUUGUCAGAAACUCUGUCAAGUUCUUGACUAAAUAAAGACAAAACUUAAGUAUUAGUCUUUUAACUUUGAGAUUGUCAGCUGUCACAUAUUUUAGAAUAGAAAAGUGUACAAUGACCUCUUAAUAAUACACAGUACACUUUGAUAUCACACUUUCUGGUGAAAAAUAAUCCACAAUCCAGAAAAUUUACUGUAAAAAAUCACCCAUAAGGUUUAAACUAAAAUGCAAUGUCUGUAUACUGAAAAAUUGCAACGGUUUAAUACAUGUAGAAUUUAGUGAUUUUGUCAGUAUGAUAAACAGAUAUAACGUACUAAUCUUUGAAUUAAACUGUCCUAGAUAUUAGCAGAAAUAUAUUCUCAAAUUGACAGUAUGAAUGCCUAGAAUAUUGAAACAGAACUAAGAUGGCUCUUUCUUUGGAGUUCUACAUAACAAGAUUCAACUGCAUGUCAUCUCAUAUAUGAGAAAAUAAUGGUGCUUUAGUUAUGGUUGAGUGGUUUUUCUCUUAUCAUUCAUUUACCAUCAUUUUUGUGAUUCCUAAAGAAUUCCUAGAUGUAGAUAGUAUUAUCAGAACUUUAGAACCAUGUGGGAAAUAAAAUUUUUUUAAAUAUAA